UGCCAGUAUCUACCUACCAAGGAGCUACAGUCCAAUUACUUUCGCACGCAAUGCGUUGUUGUAGUGUAGUAACAUCAAUUAUUGAAAACAAUUAUUUUUGCGAUAUACCCUAGAUUGAAAUGUCAACGUCGCUGGUGCGUCAAAGCCUCGACAUAGUAGGAGUUGACGACGAUGUAAGAGCAGCCAGAAAGAAGAAACCUGGCAAAUCUCAGGAUAUUUUACAUAUGAUCCCUCAAAAUCACCGGCUUUUAAAUAAGCAGGGCAAAAAAGAAGCAAAGACUGCUAUCAACUGUACAGCCAAAACGACCAUCGGCAAAGCCAGGCAGAAGCUCAAUCAAAAAUCUGACCAGACAGAAAAAAACAUUAAACAAUUACUACUGCUCAGCAGUAAUCGAAUAGAUCCAGAGACUUCAGACAAGCUUCUGAACCGAGCCUUGACAAGGCGAUACAUUCCGAAGAACAACGAGCCUGAGGUGCCGGAAGAAACCGCAUUUACGGAAGAAGAUUUCAAGAAGUUUGAAAAAGAAUAUCACCUAGAAUAAAUCGACCCUCAGCCUUGAUAUACCCCAUCCCAGGGCAAUCAAAUCCUGGUAAAUACUGCUUGACUCAAGCACGUUUUGAUUAAUUAGUUGAAUUAAAAUGCUAGGUAGUGAUCGAGUGAAUGGGAAAGUUAUUCUAUUCUUGGCCCUCACUUUUUUCAUUUAUUAUAGCCUGUGGGUUAUAGGAUUGCCAUUUAUUGACGAUAGCAGACUUAGAUCUUUUUUCUAUUCAUCAAAUAUUGCCCUUAUGGUACCUGCAAUUUCAGGCCUUUGCUUUAUCGGUGGUUUAGUAUUGUUCACAUUGUACCACACGAGGCCUUACCUACGGUAAUAAAAUCUGGAGAAUAUAGUUAAUUAUAGUUAGCUAUAAUAUAGCAGGAAGUAACAGUCUCUACUCUAGUCAGUGGAAAAUCAGGCAAUAUUCGCUUGAACUAGAAUUUGUUGUGCGUUCAUUAACUUAUAUAUCUGAAUUACAACA